AUGCGCUCGUAUUCAUGCUAUAUUCUAUUCCUUGUUAUCUAUGCAACAAAGAUUUUUGGUGAUGUUGAAACACCAUCGUAUGAUAUAAUUACAAAAACAAAUAUCUAUGAAAUUCGACAAUAUCAGAAACAGCUGUGGGCUCGAAACACUUAUCAUGUCUCACCGAAUACAGAUUUUUUUCAAGAUACGGCGAAAGGAUUUCAACCAUUGUUUCAGUACAUCAGCGGUCUCAAUGAAAAACAACAAAAAAUAGCCAUGACAGCUCCAGUUGUGACAAAGCAGAAUACUGGUGGUAAUCAUGUCGAACGACACAUGGCCUUCAUCAUGUCUCCAUCGAUAUUCACAUCGUUAAAUCAACUACCACAGCCAAUUGAUCAACGAGUGAAACUAAUUGAAGUUGAUAAUGAUCAGCGAUUAGCUUGUAUACGAUUCAGUGGAAAUAUGUAUUCGGAUACAAUAGCUCAAAAAGAACAAGAGCUACGCAAAGCAGUCGAACAAGAUGGAGUAAAGGUUGAACCAAAGAAAGACCAAAUUCAGUAUUUUGACUAUAAUCCACCAUGGACACUGGCGCAAGAGAGACGAAAUGAAAUAUGCAUCAUAGUCGUUACAUAA